AAAUUGUAAUUUGCUUACAAAUACAAGGAAUUGAACCCAAAUUGGUACCCAAUAUUUCAAUCAUGGAAUGUUGAAACCUGAAGAGCGAGUCUGUUUGGUUAAAUUCGGAAGCAAGUGAGCACCUGUUCCGCUUCGAGGGAAAAUGUCGGCCUACGAGAAUGUCGUUGGUGGGAAGCUCAAGCUUAAGGGGAAGGCUCUGGAUGUGAAGGCUGCUGGGAUUAAGAAGAAAAAGAAACAUAAGAAACAUCAGGAGCAAUUGUCUCUUGUGACCGACAAGGAGCUUGCAGCUGGUGGAAGUACAGAAGAGUUGACCAAUCCUGAUGAGGAAGAUAUGAAUGAUGACAACAAAUCUAGAGAGGAUAGAAAGGGUGCUAGUUAUGAUGAGUAUCUCACACCUGCAGAGAGACGAUAUAUAGAACAGAGAGAGCAAAUUGAUAAUCACAAGUUGGCCAAGACAGCUAAUAAAUCACACCGUGACAGAAUUCAAGACUUCAAUCAGUAUCUAGCAAACAUGAGUGAGCAUUAUGACAUUCCUAAAGUUGGUCCUGGCUAAUUCGACUCGAUCUAUGAUUAUGAACAACAAAAGACCACCUGUUGCAUCUGUCAUUACGAAAGUUUUUCUUUCUGCGGACAUCAAAUUUUGUUUUAUAUUGUAUUUGGUAGUUUUCGCCUGAUUAUAUGUAGAUUGCUAAUGACAUGUAUUUGCAACCUUGUUAUUGUACUUGUUGUGUAUCAGUACUAGAGCUCUUCUGAUGUUUCAACGCCUCUUUCAUAUCUCCAUUUAAAUGUUGAUGAAAGUAGUAAACUGGUUUUGUAGUAGA